UUUUAAAGUACAUUUGUCAAUUUAUAUACAUCUUAUUUUUAAAAGUGGCUAAUAUUGAAGACGUAUAAUGAACGUAAUAUUCCCAAAUUCGUGUAACAUCCGAUGCUUUUCAAUGCUAUAAGACUGAUUCUUUUUGCGUUGAUUGUUUUUAUACUUGUGACACAAAAUGCAAACAGCGAACAUUAUUUCUACAACAACAACAACGACCUCGAGGAGGUCGAGGACUUCGACGACAUCGUGGAGAGGGACUACCAACAGGAAGCGGACAUUACAAAGCGAAGAGCGCCAAAUUUAAAACCUUCCGAAAUCGUUAAAGUCCCAUCUACAAUAAGUUAUGUUAAGCGUACAAAUAGUAAUUUAAGUGACAGUAGUCAAGAUAGUUUAAGUAGCAACGACCAAGUCAAAACCAAAUGCAACAAAACCAAGGAGAAGAAGCCCAAAACAAUAGAAAUGGUGGUGAUAAAAGAAGAAGAACCCAUCGAAGAAACCACCACUCCGGAAGAAGAAUGCGAUACAGAAGAACCUCAGGAUUAUCAAUACGAGGACAAAGAUACUAACAUCAACGUUAACCUCAACGUUAUAUCGAGAUGUGCCAACAAUAGUAAAGGUCCAGAAAAACCAGUUAAAGUAAACAUUAUUUGUAAUAAUAGUCAAUCGAAUAAUACGGAAGAAAUCAGCACGGAAUCAGGAGAAGGCAGCAAUGACGAUCUUUGCGACAACCAACAAGGAGUUUACUUUGAUAAUGCGGAUGAAAAAGAGCCCCCAGAUUUUAAAGAAGAUUGUGCGACAGAAAAUUGUAAAGCAGAGAGACAAGAAUCCAUUACACAAUGUGCACCGAUACAAACAACGGAAGAAGACUGUUCCUCAGAAAUAGACCACAUAAAGUCUGAAUUGUGCCGUAUGAAGCUGGAUCGAAGAAGAGCCCACGAUUCUAAAAAAUCUGCCAAAUCUAAAUCCAAAAUUAAAAAAGUUAAAGAAAAACGCGAUUUAAUGAGUCAAGCGGAAGUAUCGAAUGCAGAAAAAGUCAGAAAUGAAGUGAUAAGCACUUUGCAUUUGGAUGACGCAGAUCCUGAUUUAGGCAAACGUGAUUUGGUGAGCAAUUAUCAACCAGAAAUAUCAGAUCCUGAUAAAGGAAAACGAGAAUUAACAAACCAACAAGAUAUGACAGAUUCUGACAAAGGAAAAAGGAAUUUGAUAAAACAACCAGAUUCAACAGAUCCCGAUAAAGGCAAAAGAGAUUUGAUGAGCCACUAUCAGCCCGAAGUAGACCCUGUAAUGGCUCUAGUCAAAGUACUGGGAAAAAUGUACAGAAACCGUCAAAAAAGACAAGUCAACAGCACGAGUACUUGUGCACCCACGAACAAGUACGACAGUAAUCUCGAACCGCUAAAAAAAAUCAUGGACGCUCUUUCCGAAUCGGCCAGUAAAGUAAACUUUACCUACAUGCCCAUACUUUUCGCUAGUGUUUCCACUAGUUAUCAAGCUUCAUCCAUCAGUUCAACUAGUAUAGAAAAUACCAGUACCAGUACCAGUACCAUAUCUAGUACUGAACAUAGCACAACUGAAACUACUAGUAGUACCAAUAGUACAGAUUUAUCUAUCAAAUCUACAGAAUCUAGCACCAAUACUACAGAGUCCACUACACAACUUAAUUCUACUACAGAAAGUUCCUUAACACAAUCUACUUCUACCACACAAUUUAGUUCCACUAUGGAAUCCAGUAGUAUUACGGAAUCCAGUAAUACUACGGAACCAAGUAGUACUACGGAAUUAAGUAGUACUACGGAAUCCAAUAAUAUUACAGAAUUGAGUAGUGCUACAGAAUCCAGUAGUGCUACAGAUUCUAUUGGUACUUUAGAAUCUAGUACUACAGAAUGUAUCACAGAUGCUAGUAUUAUAGGAAACAUUACAGACAUUGCAAGUUUUAAUUUGACGGAAAACACUACAAAAUACUCUACAGAUAUUAACUCCACGUUUAUUGCUCAACCCUUAGAGACUACCACAUUUUGCGUAUCAGAUAUCGCCCCUAUGACCCUACCAGGUAUAGAAAACACUACAUCUAACAUAGGUUUAAUGACCACACUUAACUUAGGUCUAAUUACACGAUCAGAAUUAUUUACACCAAUACCUACAGCGAACAUGAACAAUGCUACAGUACUCAAACCAUCUGACGCUAUAAAAUUAAUAUGCGCCAAUAAUGAUAACGUUAAUAAUGCUUCCAUAUCUCCGAUAUACAUCGCCAAUAUUUUAUUGAUGCCUUCUCAAGUCACCGAUCAACCAAUUAAAGGAGCGGAAGCGCAACUAGAUGGUGCUAAUAAGUCCCCGGGUUACAUGAUGCCCAGAGUACAAGUGGAAGCAACGCCGCCUUCUGCGUACGGUGGUGGAGUCUUAGAUAGUAACAAAAACAAUGUUAAUAUGCCUGUUGGGGUCACUUCGCCGUUCGAAGGAUUAAGCUACAGUUUUUCUAUAGAUGGACCGAAUUUGGGAAGCAAGGAAGUGUAUGGGUCCGUGAAAAAUAUCCCAGGUGCGAACGAAGGUUGUGGUGGAAUGAUUAAUUGUAUAAAGAGCAGGGAUGUAGGAAAAGUGGAAAAGCAAAAAAGAAAUAGGCGUGUUGUUGAUGCCACCACCAUGUUUAAUUUUUAUCCAGGCCUCCUGGUGUACCCUCAAUCUCCUGAUGAAAAGGAAAAGAAGCAUAAGCGAAAUGCUGCCCAAUCGAAACGAGUAGUAGAUUGUUCACUGCAAGCGAAACGCAACGCGUCCGAAGAUUCAUGUCGAAAUGAAACCGAAAAGCUGCUUGACAUGUUAAACUCUGUGAGUGUGGCGCCAUCAGGUGUCGAUACUACGGUCAAAAGCGAGUUCGAACACAUUAGUGUGGGCCCUGAAGGUUCAACGGGCGCAAACCCUGUACCAGAGGGUGGCGAUGAAGACGUUCCUGCCAAAGAUGCUGACAAAGAGGAAGAGGGCGAUGCUACCUUGGAUGAUGCUUUGUAUAAAACUGUUGAUCCAUUUACAACUAUUGAUUCCAUCAUAGCUGGGGUGCAGGAAAUAAUAAAUACUGGAGGGCCGGAGCCGUUUCAUCUUGUCGAUUCACCCGAAAUUGAAAAUGGAAGUGAGUCUGUUAAUGCUGAUAGCGAACAACAUUCAAACGCAUUAGGUCCUGUAAAUGAUGAUGUUGACGAAGCCCAAUCCAACGAUCUAAUAGAUCAGAUGGUUGCUAUAUAUUGUGCUGUUGAAAGUUGUUGGGGAUCUAAGGAAUCUAAACAUUCCUUUCCAAAUCCUUCAAAGAACAUCGACUUGUUUAAUAAAUGGGUUAAGUUAUGUGCCAAUAAAAGACUUCUUGAGAUGACACCUCAAAAAAUUUUUACAAACUGCAGAGUGUGUUCAAAGCAUUUUAUUCAGGAGGACUUUUACGUAAUAAAAGACUUGGUCGUCUGGCUUACCCAACAUUAUUAUUACCAGGCUAACAAGGAAAUAACUUCAAAAAGCAGUUUAGAUGAUUUCUCGAUGAACGUCGAUCUUUUUACGGACGCCGAACCAGCUCCUGGGGAAAGAAACCAUGCAAAUCAUGAAGUUAAUGGUGCUCCGAACCCUGCACAAAUGGAACCACCUUCAGCACCAAUGGCUGGAGGAAACUGCGAUACAUUUACAUCUGCACCUCAACCACAAGAGUUUGCACCUCCAGCGGGUCAGCCGCCUCCAGCGGGUCAGCCUCCUCCAGCGGGUCAGCCACCUCCAGCGGGUCAGCCACCUCCAGCAGCUCCACCACCAGCAGCUGCACGGCCAGCUGCUCCUCCGCUUCCAUCUGCCCCAACCCCAUCUCCACCCACACAACCGCCGCAUCAACCUUCUACUCCUCCUCCUACUUCUACUCCUCUUGCAGUUGCAGCACAUAGUUCUGUACCUGUUCAACCGGCUACGGCCGCAUCUAUCAAUGGGACAGGUCCCGCCUGCAAGCACAAAAAGAAACGAUACGAAAAAUUAUCGCAGCUUGAAAGAGACUUGAAGUUGGUCAAUGAAGUACAGAAUUUGCUCGGACAGCCCGGAUUAAUGGAGGAGUUAUCGUUUAGGUCGCGAUCGCUGCAGAGCUUUGAUUACAAAACUAACGCCAGGGUGGACAAAAAACUUUCCGCUCUAGGAAAAGUUCUUUAUUGGAAGCACCAACAUGAACAUGAUCCGUGGAUUCAUAACUUGGAUUUGAAAAAAUCACAUGGUCCAUUGAUGGACAAGAAGAACAAUAUCGGUAAUUUAGUAAACAUCGACAAGCUGGUGGAGAAAAUAACGAGAAUCAAGAGAGGCAGUGUCAAACAAGGCAAGAAGAAAAAUCGGAGGAAGAAAAAGAAAAAGAAAAAGAAGAAAAAAAAGAAGACAUGGUCAAGAUCCAAAUUAUUAGUUCCCGAUAACGAUGAUGAUAAUGUUUCGGCAAAGAAAAGAGAAGCCGUUAACUGGAAAAAAUACCAUUGGACUGCUAAACCGCACCAUGACAACAACAAUCAUAAUAUUAAGAAAACCACGCAGAAUACACCAGACAAAGAUUUAGAGCCAAAUUGGAGCAUGUAUAAAUGGACAAAAGCAAAAAGUGCCACAUCCAAGCACAAAACAAAACGUGCAAGUAAAAAAAACUAUGAUUUAAUGGAGAAACGAGGAAACACGCCGAUCUGGAAGAAGUUUAGAUGGCCCAGUAGAAAACCAAAGACAACUAAAAAAGGUGUACAUUUCUCUAAAACUACCAAGGACAUCACAACUCCAACAACUCUUGAAACUACAACUGUUAAAACUACGACUCUUGAAACAACCACUGUUAAAACUACAAAUGAGUUUCAGUAUGAUGACGAAAACGAUUCAGAGGCUAGUACACAAUAUAUUGAUGAUUCUGAAGAAGUAAAACCACCCGAAAGCGAAAUGAAGAUUGAGAGUAGCACGGUGGUGAUUGAAGAAGAUGAUGAAGACUAUGACGAAAUCACACAAAGCACUGGUAAAAAUACUAAAAAUACCAUUGAAAAAGAAAAAGAAGGAACGUCUGAAACAUCAGACGAGGAAGAUGAAAUGCAAGCACGACUGAAGGGAAUAACUGCUGAUCUCGUUAUAGAAACUACCCAAGAAAUUGCCACAAAGAUGGUACCUGAGGAAAAUGAAGUAAGCCGAGAGGAAACGACCAAAGAAAAAGAAAUGACGAUUGAAAAAAGUAAAAAAACAAAGAUAAAUACUAAAGAAACAGAAGCAACGACCAUUGAGGUAACAAUAAAUGAAGAAAUUAAAGAAACAACUACGGAAGAAAUAACACCUGAAAAAGUGACUUAUGUUAAAAAAACUACAUCUAAAGAAAGUACGAUAAGUACUAAAGAAACUCAAGCAACCACUAUUAAAGAAACAACAUUUGAAAAAAUUAAAGAAACAACGAGUAGUAAAGAAACUGAAGCGAAUGUUAUUGAUGAAAUUCAAAAACUAACGACUGUUAGUAAUGAAGAAAUUAAAGCAACUACUACUAAAGAAAUUACUCCUGAGAAAAUUAAAGAAAUACCGUUGAAUAAUAAAGAAAUGGAAGCGAUUACUUUUAAAGAAGUUGUAGGUACUGUGUCUAAAGAAAAUCCUACUGAAUAUUUUAAUAAAGAAAUGGAAGCGAUUACUUUUAAAGAAACUGUAGGUACUGUGUCCAAAGAAAAUCCUACUGAAUAUUUUAAUCCUUUUUAUUUAUCUGAUGAAAUUAAAGAAAUAAGUCCUAAAGAAAUAGAAGCAAUUACUAUUGAAGAAACUGUGGCUGAAGAAGAACCUACUGAAUAUUCAAUUAUAUUUUCUUCACCUGAAUAUUUACUUUCACCAAUAGAAGAAACUACAAUGGUUGUGCAACAAUUCGAACCACUAGAAUUUAAAACCAACACGUUUGAAGAAGAAGAAACCACGGUAUCUAUAAUGAACUUUGAGGAGGCCAGCACUACCGAGUUUAACGUCGACGAUUAUCUAGCAACGCAAAAGUUUGAGGAAGUGAGCGUCGAAACUCCUCCCGAUUCUACCGAUGAAGAAGUGGCCCAUCUCUUGGAUACCGUCGAGAACGACAGCGACAUCAAGCAGUCCAUAAUUGAUACGAAUUUCGCGACCGAUGUGGAGCCUUUAACCUCAAGAAAAUAUAAUUUUGAAUCUACCGAGAACGAGUUUGAACAUAAAAUGAAUGAUAAGUUGCACGAUUUGGAGAGUUUAGUGAAUAAAGAGGUUCCGACUCAAAUUUCUCAAAAUGAGGAAGGUGGGGAAACUGGUAGUAAUGAUGGACAAGAUAAAGAAGUUGAAAAUAAUGCAGAAAAAUUUACGUUUACCGAAGAAACUAUCGUUGCAGAAGAAAUUACAUUUUCGGAAGAAACUACAUUUGCACAAGAAGCAACAUUUGCAGAAGAAACUACUUUUGAAGCUGAGAAUAUCCCUACAGAAAUUGGUCAACUAGAAGGUUUUAACACUAUGGAAACUACUGAAGGUUUUAAUGAUGAUGAUGACCUUGAAAAAUUAAAUUUUCUUAAAGCCUUUGCAAAUAAUAAUAGAAACGUAGGAUACUUAGAAUCCCAGGUAAUCUCUUAUCCAGAACCUGUAGAUCAGGAGUGGAUUACCGAAGCCAAUCCUGAUAUUGAAGUAAUGAAAACAGAAUUCGUAUUUCCAUAUAUUCUAAGAAAUAACGGAAAUCAGCACGAAAUUCAAACUUUAGUUAACCCAAACGAUUUAAACACUUUAGUGCCAACUCAAAGAGACAGCAUUAAUCUCAACGACGAAAUGGUUUUUGUUCCUCCAGUAGUAAACACUGGUAAUCCGGAAGCAUUUUAUGAAUUUAAAGCUCAACCGUCAAAGUAUAGUUGGCAACAACAUUAUGAAGAACCACCUAUAUCAACAAAACCAUUGGAUUAUCAACCAAAUUAUGGUCGACAAAAAUUGGUACGGACCACAAGGAUUCCAAACUUACCUGAGAGUAAGGCUACCGUUGAAUCAGACAACGAUAUUUACAAAUGGAGACCACCAAAUAUGGAAAAUCAUCCAGAAUCAAAUACUGAUAAUCCGGAAGCAUUUAAUGAAUUCAAGGGUAAAACGUCAAAGUAUGGUUGGCAGCAAGAUUAUGAAGAAUCAAUGGCACCUAUAUCAACAAAACCGUUGAAUUAUCAACCAAAUUAUGGUCGUAAAAAAGUCGUACGGACCACAAUGAUUACCAACUUACCUGAGAUUGAGGCUACCGUUGAAUCAGACAAGGAUAUCUAUAAAUGGAGACCACCAAAUAUGGAAUAUCAUCCAGAUGCAAAUACUGAUAAUCCGGAAGCAUUUAAUGAAUUCAAGGGUAAAACGUCAAAGUAUGAAUGGCAGCAAGAUUAUGAAGAAUCAAUGGCACCUAUAUCAACAAAACCAUUGGAUUAUCAACCAAAUUAUGGUAGUAAAAAAGUCGUACGGACCACCACAAGCAUUCCAAACUUACCUGAGAUUGAGGCUACCGUUGAAUCAGAUAACGAUGCGUACAAAUGGAGACCACCGAAUAUGGAAUAUCAUCCAGAAGCAAAUAGUGAUAAUCCGGAAGCAUUUAAUGAAUUCAAGGGUAAAACGUCAAAGUAUGAAUGGCAGCAAGAUUAUGAAAAAUCAAUGACACCUAUAUCAACAAAAACAUUGGAUUAUCAACCUAAUUAUGGUCGUAAAAAAGUCGUACGGACCACAAGGAUUCCCAACUUACCUGAGAUUGAGGCUACUGUUGAAUCAGACAACGAUAUGUACAAAUGGAGACCACCGAAUAUGGAAUAUCAUCCAGAAGCAAAUAGUGAUAAUCCGGAAGCAUUUAAUGAAUUUAAGGCAAAAACAUUAAAGUAUAGUUGGCAGCAACACAAUGAAGAACCAAUGGCACCAUUGGAUUAUCAAUCAAAUUAUGGUCGUAAAAAAGUCGUACGGACCACCACAAGCAUUCCAAACUUACCUGAAAUUGAGGCUACCGUUGAAUCAGAUAACGAUGCGUACAAUUGGAGACCACCAUAUAAUAAUUUAUAUGAUAGACCAGCAUCAUUUGGUUUCAACUCUUUCUUAACGUCACAAAAUUUAGACUUUCAAACUGUGAACUUGUUUAGCACUAUAUCUUUCCCAACUAGCAAGCCUCUUCAAAAUUUCGAGAAAACUUUAGAUAAAAAUGUGUAUUUGGUCGAAUUAUCCACUUUUAAAGGAGAUGAUGAAAAAACUCAAGAAGUUUCCACAACAACUGUUCAAAGUACUCAAACUGCCACUAUCACUGUAAUUGAAACGACAACGUUUACGACUGUAUCAACGGAAGACAGCUUACUAGCCAGGUUUACCUUUAUAGUGCCUUUUACAAACCAUAACAAUCUAGCGACAACUUCCAGAAAGAUUAGCGCAUACAUUCGAACAACUUUAAAAAUGGAAAGUAACGAUGAAGAUGACGACGAUGAAGAAGAAGACUUAAAUGCCACUCAAAAUUCACCAAAGCCAUCCACCAGCACGCGUAAACAUCGACCAACGAUUCCACCAUUGUUUCUUCCCGAGACGGAACCAACAACUUCGAAGUUACAAUUCAACUCUAAGGCACUUUCCGUGGUACAACACGAACUAUCCACCAUUUUAAACAUGAUGACGACUCAACCAAAUAUCAAAGUGGGAGAUAUUUUUGUCACCCACUACACGCCACCAAUCGGUAGUACUUAUUUCAUUGCCAACGUGAUAUUGAACAAUAUGAACGGCGGUGAUAAUGUAUUGCCGCCUAUAAAGCCGGUUUUUGACAUGGACGUGAUUUUAAAAAAUUUAACAGUAGAUAAUUCAAGUAAUACGAAUAACUUUAAUACAUCUAUCAGUGAAAAUGUAACUUUUAAAAGCAAAUCUGAUAUAAGUAGUUUUGCAACUUUGGAAAGGACAAAUUUAAGUGAAUUUAACGUCGAGGGGGGCACUACUUUGAUUGAAAACCCUACUAAAUUAUCUAGCACGACUGAAAAAACUGAAGGUACUACCGAAGAGGAGGAAUAUUAUGAUGAAAGUGAAGAAUCUUCGGCAAAUACUAAAAGUUCUUUGAAGAAAAUUGAAGAAUCUAGCGAAAAGAGCACGACUAAAGGGUCUUUAAAAGUAACAGAAAAAUCAAGUUUACUGACCAUAAAAACAUACGAAAAAACAUCUCCACAAACUAUAAAUUCUUUAGAAACAGAAACAUCAAGUUUAUUGACUACUAAUAUUACACAAGAAGAAACGCUUAUUGAAACCAAGGAAGAAACAAAUACAUUUGAAUCAAUUAUUACAAAUGAAGAAGAAACUACAGAAUACAACCGUAAAACUACUGAUCUUAAUAAUUCAAUUACAAAAACCACAUUUAACAAUGAAUAUAAUGAUACAGAAGAAUCUGGUGUUACUGAGAAAAAACAUACUGAAAGUAAAGAAACAUGGAUCAAAGAAAGCACUACAAAUAAUAAUACCAUAUCAGAAGAAAGCACUAUUGAAAAAAUGCAUAGUGAAAGUGAUGAAGAAACUAAUACUUCUGAAUUAAAUAUUACAAAUGAAAAACAAACCGAAGAAAAUAAUGAUAAAUCUAUUGAUUUUGAAGAAAAUUUAAUUACAAAAACAACAUUGAACAAUGAAAAAGAAAAAUCUAGUCUAAGUGAGAAACAAUAUUACAAAUCAACUUAUGGAAUGUCUACAACUACUAGUUAUAAUUUAGAAGAUGAAAAAAGCAGUACCAAUAGAAGUUUGGAUUAUGAAGAAUAUGAUAAAAUAAACAAUUCAGACAAUGAUUAUAUAACUGGAUAUGAAAAGUUGGCAACUAAAGUUGAUGACAUAGAAGAAAUACAAACCACCGAUGAAGAAGAAAAUACAAAUACAGUUGAGGAAAUAACAACCAGCAAUGAAGAUUAUUACGAAGAAGCAAAUGCAAGUACUGAAGAAGUAAAGAUUUCAGAAAAACUAUCGACAUUAGAAAUAAGCUCUAAAAAACAAGAAAUAUUUACCACUAGUUUAAAUAAACAUAAAACCCAAACUUUGAUCAAUCUUAGCGUUCUUAGCACUUUGGUGCCUACUCUUAAAGACAGUAUUACUCUCAAUAAUGAAAUGGUUUUUGUUUCUCCAGUAGAAAAUACUAGUAAUACCGUAGAAACUUCCAAUUUAAAUAAAAAUUAUGGUCUUAAAAAAGUCGAACGUACCACAUAUAUUUCAAAGUUACCUGAGAUGGAGGCUACAAUUAAAACAAACAACGAUGCAUGGCUACCAGCUGAUAUAGAAGGUGAAACUACUGCAGCUGAAGACGAUACAGAACAAACUCCAUUUAGUAAAAAUACUGAAACUGAACAAAGCUCAUUACCGUAUAAAACAAUUUCCAUUGAUAUAGAGAAUAUUCAAGAAUAUGCAACUGAGGAAAUAAGUACCAAAAUACAAACUACUGAAAACAAAAUUAAAGAAACUAGCCGAAAUACACCAACUACAGAAAGCUUAGCAACUUAUGAAACAAUUCCUAUUGGUAUAGACAAUAUUCCGGAAUAUACCACUAUAGAAAGUAGUGCCGAUCAACAUAGUGCUAAGGACACAAUUGAAGAAAACAGUACAAAUCUAGAAAAUGAGGAUGCAGAAACUGAAACACUAGAAGCGGUAAAUACUGAAGCAACUCAAGGUAAUGAGGAACAAAAUAUUGCUGAAGAAGAAAUGACCAGUAUUGAAUAUGAAGACGUAGAAGAAACUACAAUUUAUUUAGAGGAUUAUGAAGAUCAGGAUAGCACAGAAAAAAUAGUAAACGAAACUGCUUCCGAAGAAGAAUAUACCACAGGGAAAUUCAAUAUAAAGGAAAAUAAUGAAAUUGAAGGAACUACGAUCGUUUUAGAAGCAUAUAACGCUAAACAUAGUAGCACCAAUCGACAUAGUACUAAAGUCACAAUUGAAGAAAAAAUUGCAAUCCAAGAAAAUGAAGAGGCAAAUACUGAAGAAACUCAAGGCAACCAAGAACAAAAUAAUGCCGAAGAAGGCAUGACCAGUGUUGAAUAUGAGGAUGUGGAAGAAACCACAAUUUAUUUAGCGAAUUAUGAAGAUAAUGAUAGUACAGAAGAAAUCGUAAACGAAACUGCUUCUGAAGAAGAAGAAUAUACCACUCGGAAAUUCAGUAUAAAGGAAAAUAAUAAAAUUGAAGAAACUACUAAAAAUACUAAAACUAAAGAAAGCUCAUUAACUUAUGAAACGAUUUCCAUUGAUAUAGACAAUAUUCAAGAAUAUGUAACUGAGGAAAUUAGUACCAAAAAACAAACUACUGAAAACAAAAUUAAAGAAACAAAAAAACAAGAAAAUACACAAUUUAAAGAAAGCUCAGCAACUUAUGAAACCAUUCCUAUUGAUAUAGAUAGUAUUCCGGAAUAUACCACAGUAGAAAGUAGUACCAAUCAACAUAGUACUAAAAACACAAUUGAAGAAAAAAGUACAAAGGUAGAAAAUGAAGAUGCAGAAACUGAAACUGUAGAAGAAGCAGAUACUGAAGAAACUCAAGGCAAUAAAGAACAAAAUAAUGCCGAAGAACAAAUGACCAGUGUUGAAUAUGAGGAUUUAGAAGAAACCACAAUUUAUGUAAUGGAUUAUAAAGAUCAGAAUAGUACAGAAGAAAUAGUAGACGAAACUGCUUCUGAAGAAGAAGGAUAUACAACACGGAAAUUCAGUAUAAAGGAAAAUAAUGAAGUUGAAGAAGCUACAAUCGUUUCAGAAGCAUUUAACGCUAAAAAUAAUAGUAGUACCAAUCAACAGAGUACUACAAAGAGAAUUGAAGAAAAAAUUACAAAUCUAGAAAUUGAAGAUGCAGAAACUGAAACCACAGAAGAGGCAAAUACUAAAGAACCUCAAGGCAAUAAAGAACAAUAUAAUGCUGAAAAAGAGAUGACCAGUGUUGAAUAUGAGGAUGUAGAAGAAGAAUAUACCUCACGGAAAUUCAGUAUAAAGGAAAAUAGUGAAAUUAAAGAAACUACAUUCGUAUCAGAAACAUAUUAUGCUGCAGAACAAGCAAUAACAAACGAAAAUAUUAAAAAUGAAGAAUAUACUACAAUACAAAUUUCUGAAACAAGAUUUGGUGAGGAACGCAUAACAAAUAGUGAAAAUGAAAAUAGUUCGGAUAUUUCUGAAAAAACAACCAAAAACCAAGAAGAAAUUACAACUGAAAUGAGAGAAAAAACUGAAUUUACCAAUGAAAAAAAUGAGGAAAUUGAAGAAAGUAAUGUAACUGUAACAAAAGAUCAAAAUGCAAUAGAGGAAAAUAACACAGAAGAAAGUAUUAGUGAAGAAAAAGAGUUAGAAGAUAGCACAGAAGUUUUUCACGAAGAAAAUGACAACCUGUCUAAAGAUAUUGAUAAUAAUAAUAAUGAAAAAAAUAUAGAAAAUAUCAUAGAAUCACCAACGACAAAAAAAGAAGAAACUUCUAAAUAUAAUUUCCAACCAAAUUAUGGUCUUCAAAACAUUAAAAGGACCACUCGAAUUCCGAGCUUACCUGAAUAUAACAACGAUGCCUAUCAUUGGACAUGGCAACCAGCUACAUAUAAAGAUGAAACUGCUGCAGUUACUGAAUAUACUUCAAAUGAAGAAAAUACUAAAACAACAGUCUCCGAAUAUAAUUUCCAACCAAAUUUUGGUCGCAAAAAAAACAAGCCGACCACACGGCUUCCAAGCUUACCCGAAUAUAACAACGAUGCCUAUCAUUGGACAUGGCAACCAGCAACAUAUGAAGAUGAAACAGCUGCAGUUACUGAAUAUGCGUCAAACGAAGAAAAUACUGAAACAACAGUCUCCAAAGAAGACACGUCCAUAUAUAAUUUCCAACCAAAUUUUGGUCGUAAAAAAAAUAAGCCGACCACACGGCUUCCAAGCUUACCCGAAUAUAACAACGAUGCCUAUCAUUGGACAUGGCAACCAGCAACAUAUGAAGAUGAAACCGCUGCAGUUACUGAAUAUGCGUCAAAAGAAGAAAAUACUGAAACAACAGUCUCCGAAGAAGACACGUCCAAGUAUAAUUUCCAACCAAAUUUUGGUCGUAAAAAAAACAAGCCGACCACACGGCUUCCAAGCUUACCCGAAUAUAACAACGAUGCCUAUCAUUGGACAUGGCAACCAGCAACAUAUGAAGAUGAAACAGCUGCAGUUACUGAAUAUGCUUCAAACGAAGAAAAUACUGAAACAACAGUCUCAGAAGAACCAGCAAAAUAUGAAGAUGAAACUAUUGCAGUUACUAAAUAUGCUUCAAAAGAAGAUAAUACUAAAACAAAAAUUUUUGAAACAGACAAUUCUAAAGAAGAUUUUGAGAGUGUUUCCGAAUACAAUGAAUCUGAAAAAAAUAAUGAAAACAUAACGUAUAAAAAUACUGCUAAAACAUCUCAUACUGGAGAAAACGAAGACACAACAGUUACAGUAACUACUAAAUCAGAUGAAACAACUCAGUAUGAAUUAAAUGAAAUUGACACAGAUAAAAGUAGCACUUCAGAAAUAAUUUUUACUCGCAAAUCGACUCAUUCAGAACCGCAUUCAUCAUUAUCUUACAACUCGAAUAGUACAGAAGGUCUAAUUGCUUUUAUUAAAACAACCAGUAUCAAAACAACUUCUGUAGAAAUAAUUUCUUCAAAUUUAAAAGUUACCACAACAAAUGAAAAAACAGUUACAACCUCAAAAUCAAAAACCUUAAACAUGGAUCAUCUUACAAAAUCUGAUAUCAAUGAUAAUGAACAACAUACUACUGAAGAAUCCGAAAACAAUAAAGAUCAAGAGGAAUCUGAAUAUCAAAACGAAACAUCCGAAGAACAACCUACAAAAAGUCAAUCUAAAGAAUCUGAAUAUUACGAUGAUUCUGAAGAAACAAAAACCAUUUUAGAAGAAAAUGAAGUAACUAAAGAAAAUGAAUAUUUAGAUGAAAUAGAGUCUACUUUAAAAUCUUCUAAUAAAAAAAUAGAAGAAGAAGAAGAAGAAGAAGAAGAAGAAGAAGAAGAAGAAGGUAAUACAGAAACAAAAUCUCUAAAUAAUUAUGAGAAUACAUCGACUACUUGGUAUGAAAAAGAUACACAUCUUUCUUCUGGAGGGGAUGAAGAAGAGAGCUCUGAAGAAGUAGAAAGUACUUCUCUUGACAAAAAUAUUGAGGAUGAAAAUAAAGAAGAAGAAACUAAAUCUUACUAUGAUUCUGAAGAAACAAAAACCAUUUUAGAAGAAAAUGAAGUAACUGAAGAAAAUGAAUAUUUAGAUGAAAUAGAGUCUACUUUAAAAUCUUCUAAUAAAAAAAUAGGACAAGAAGAAGAAGAAGAAGAAGAAGGUAAUACAGAAACAAAAUCUCUAAAUAAUUAUGAGAAUACAUCGACUACUUGGUAUGAAAAAGAUACACAUCUUUCUUCUGAAGGGGAUGAAGAAGAGAGCUCUGAAGAAGUAGAAAGUACUUCUCUUGACAAAAAUAUUGAGGAUGAAAAUAAAGAAGAAGAAACUAAAUCUUCUGAAGAGGAUAAAGAAGAAGAAAAUAUUAAUGAGGAAGACGAGGAAAAUGAAGAAGAAACAAAUUAUGAUGAAAAUAAAGAAGAGAAAAAGACUACUUCCCAGGAGAGUAACCAAGAAGAAAACAGUUAUUAUGAGGAAGAUAAGGAGGAGGAAGAAGAAGAUACAUAUUAUAAUCAACAUAAAGAAGAACAAACUACAUCUUCCCAGAAAAAUAAUGAGGAAGAAAAAACCUAUUUUACACAGUUAAAAAAUACAAAGAAAACUAAAGAAGAACAUCUUUCUAGUACUAUUAAAUCUAAUACAGAAAAGCAUCAACAAGAUAAAUUUAUAAACACAAAUAAAACUAGAGGAAAACAUGUUUCUAGUACUGUAAAAACAAAUGAAGAAAAGCAUCAACAAGAUGAAUAUAAAAACCCAAAUAAAACUAAAGAAAAUGUUUCAAGUACUGUAAAGUCAAAUGAAAAAAAUCAACAAGAUGAAUAUGAGAAAAACACUACUGAAGAGAGUGGGACUGUUAAAAAUAUAAAAGGAGACACAAUGGUUACAGAAAUUGGGGAAAAAAAUCAAGAAGUUACACACACCAAAGAGUCUAGCGAAUAUAUAGUCACACUAUUUGAACAAACAUAUACUCCAAAUCAUGAAAAAGAAACAAUGAUUACACAAAAAUAUACUCAAGGCAAUUAUAUUAAGACUUACACCACUAAAUCUGACAAACUGUCAACAAAUAAUAUAUUGACAUUUGUUACAAGCGCAAAACCUAAUGAACAACUAUAUACAGAAAAAGAAUCUGUAACAGAAAGAAAAACACAAAAAAACAUGUCCCUCAAUAAUCAUAAAUAUCAACAAUCCACCACGCAAUUUAGCGAUCCAGAAAAGGAGGGUUUAGAUGAAGAGUUUUUGUUUACCAACAAAGAAAAAAAUACAGUUUGUCUAUUGUGUUCUUCAGAAGUUCACGAUCAAAAGCAACAUACUGUGCGGCUUACAGUGGGGCCAGUUACUGAGGCUGGCAUGGAAGAGUUUGAUUUUACUGGUAAGGAUACAAAUACAUUGUGUCCUUUAUGCUCCAAAGACAGCAAAAUUAAAAUCACUCAAUCAGAAUUGCCUUCGACUUUUAUUACAAAAACAACGCUUGGUGAAACCUACUCAACAGAAAAUAAAGAAAUAACCACAAAACCUAAUAAGGAACUUGAAGAGGUCAUAAAAGAAGGUACAGAAAAAAGUAAAAAUGAAGAAAGCACAAAUGUAUCAAAAACAUCCGAAGAAAAUACUGAAACAGGUAAAAAUCAAGAGACUUCUGAAAAAGAAAGUACUAAUAAAAAUAAAGAAGCUGAAAAUAAAGAAACAACCAGACUAGAAGGUACCGAAAAAAGUGAAAAUGAAGAAAGCACGAAUAAAUUAAAAACAUCUAAAGAUAAUACUACAGAAGGUACACAAGAAAAGAAUCCUCAAGAAGAAAGUACGAACGAAAAUAACGAAGGUAAAUCUGAUAUUAAAGAAACAAGUAAAAAUGAAGAAAGCACGAAUGAAUCAAAAACAUCCGAAGAAAACACUAAAAAAGAUAUAAAUGAAGAGACUUUUGAAAAAGGAAGUACCAAUAAUGAAGCGGAAACUGAAGAAACAACCUCGAUAGAAAAUACCGAAAAAAGUGAAAUUGAAGAAAGCACGAACGAAUCAAACGCACUCGAAGAAAAUACAGAUGAAGCAACUUCUAACAAAGAAAGUUCGAAUAAAAAUAUAGAAGCUAAAAUUGGAACUGAAGAAACAACUAUAGAGGAUACCGAAAGAAAUGAAAAUAAAGAAAUUAUAACUGAAGAAAAUACUACAAAUGAAAACAAAUCAGCUGAACAUGGUGGUACUACAAUAGAAUUUACCGAAAAUAAAGAAAGCACGAAUAAAUUAAAAACAUCUAAAGAUAAUACUACAGAAGGUACACAAGAAAAGAAUCCUCAAGAAGAAAGUACGAACAAAAAUAACGAGGGUAAAUCUGAAUCUGAAACAAGUAAAAAUGAAGAAAGCACGAAUGAAUCAAAAACAUCCGAAGAAAACACUAAAAAAGAUAUAAAUGAAGAGACUUUUGAAAAAGGAAGUAUCAAUAAUGAAGCGGAAACUGAAGAAACAACCUCAAUAGAAAAUACCGAAAAAAGUGAAAUUGAAGAAAGCACGAAUGAAUCAAACGCACUCGAAGAAAAUACAGAUGAAGAAACUUCUAAAAAAGAAAGUACGAAUAAAAAUACAGAAGCUGAAAUUGAAACUGAAGAAACAACAAUAGAGUUUAGCGAAACAAGUGAAAAUAAAGAACUCACAUAUGAAGAAAAUAUUACGAAAAGUACAAAUGAAAACAAAGCAGCUGAACAUGGCGGUACUAAAGAAACAACAACUAUAGAAAAUAACGGAAAAAGCGAAAAUGAAGAAAGCACGAAUAAAUCAAAAACAGAUGAAGGAUUUCCUGAAAAAGGAAGUACGAAUGAAAAUAAAGAAGCUGAAACUGGUACUGAAGAAACAAGGGAAAAUGAAGAAACCACGAAUAAAUUAAAAACUUCCGAAGAAAAUACCGAAGAGGGUAAAACUAAAGAGACUUUUGAAAAAGAAACUUUCAAUAAAAAUAAACAGGGUGAAACUGUUACUAAAGAAAUCACUACAAUAGAGAGUACCGAAAAAAGUAAAAGUGAAGAAAGCACGAAUGAAUCAAAAACAUCCGAAGAAAAUACAAAUGAAGAGACUGCUAAAGAAGCUGAAAUUGAAACUGAAGAAACAACGAUAAAGGGUAGCGAAAAAAGUGAAAUUCAAGAAAUUACACCUGAAGAAACUAUUACAAAAAGUACAAAUAAAAACCAAGCAGCUGAACCUGGUGGUUCUGAAGAAACAACAAUAGAAGGUACCGAAAAAAGUGAAAAUGAAGAAAAUCCAGAAAAAGAAAGUACGAAUGAAAAUAAAGAACCUGAAACUGGUACUGAAGAAAUAAGCAAAAAUAAAGAAAGCACGAAUGCAUCAAAAACAUUCGAAGAAAGUACUGAAAAAGGUAAAAAUGAAGAGAGUUCUGAAAAAGAAAUUACCAAUAAAAAUAAAGAAGGUACUGAAGAAACUACCACAAUAGAAAGUACCGAAAAAAGUGAAAAUGAAAGCAUGAAUGAAUCAAUAACAUCUGAAGGAAAUAAAGAGGCUGAAUCUCGUACUGAAGAAACUACCAUAACACAAAAUACUGAAAAUGAAGAAAACACUCAUAAAUCAACAUAUGAAAAAAGUACUAAAACAACAGAGGCUAAGACAAGUAAUAGCGAUACUCAUUUAGAAAGUACCGAAAAAGUUAAAAAUGAAAAAAGUACUAGUGAAUCAAAUCAAAAUGAACAUAAUGAAAACCAAAAUAUAAAUGAAAGUGGAACUAGACAAACAGAAAGUACUGAAAACAGUGAAAAUAAAGAAAGCCCUGAAGAAAAUACUACAGAAACCCAAAUAGAAAGCACUAAAGAGUCUGAAAUAUCAGAAGAAAAUGCAGAAAAUGCAGAAAAUGACACAGAAAGUGAAAAAGUAAGUACUAACGAAAGUGAAGAAGGUGGUGAAGAUGAAGAUACUACCGAAUUUAAAAGUAUCUCAAAACACACGAAGGAGCCUAAUGAACGAAUCGACGAAAUUGAUAAGAGCGCAUCUCUUAUGGAAGACAACACUGAAGAGUCAGAAUCGGAAGCUAAAGGAGAAAAUAAUGAUGAAUUAGAAAAAACCACCGAAGAAACUAAGGAAGAAGAAACAGUGGUGAUUUCGAUAGGAGAAGCAGAAAACACAGAAUCGGAAUUAGAUGAAACUGAAACCUUCACAGAAAGUAAUGAAGAAGAAUCUGAUAAUAAAGAAACUGUAUUAGAAAAUAAAGAAAUUACUAUAAAGAAAGAACAUUUCACCAAUAAUGUGGAAGAAGAAUCCUCUACUAUAGAAAACCAAUUUAAUAUAGUCAAACACAAGACAACCGAAAGUGGUAAUACAAUAUUGGAUAGUAGUAGAGAGCCGCAGAAAAACCAACCAGGAAAUAUAAAAAAGACAACAAAAGGUCCUCUUUUUACCAAAGAUUUGUAUGGACUUUACUCUAUAACAGAAGCAGAAACAGAAAGUGAACCAAUUACAGACUUAGCAAAAAUGUCAAGCACUACAGUUCAAGAUACGACGACUGUAAAAACCACCAUACUUACACCACCGACAAGUGGUCUGUUUCUUAUAACAGAACAAAUUAUCAACUCUACCUUAGCAAGAGAAGAGACUUUAAGAACAACUACAACAACAACCUAUAAACCAAGUCCUUCAACUGUUACAGUUCAAAUUCCGGUGGAUCAUGAAAAAAAUAUCGAUUUCAACGCGAUAGAGGAAAAAGAACCUUUAUCGACUGCAUCUCCGACGAUACGAAUGACGAUUGGAACAUUUUUUAUCCCAGUUAAAACAACGAGAAAAUUUAACAAUAUGGUGGAAUUCGAUAAACCAAAUGAUGAAACAUUCAUCAGCAGAUCAACAAUAAGGCCAACCUAUGAUUUUAAGAAGCUAAAAACUUUUUCCACGCACUCUACCAUUCCUCUAAGAGACCAAUUUUCGGAGUUUAAGGUUACAAGCGGCGGCACAGUGGUUACAAAUAGCAAAGAGUAUCUUUAUCCCUCUAAACCUAAUAAGGUUGCUACUUAUACACCUUACACCAGCACGUCAUUAAAUGACAAUAAAAAAACGUCAAAAAUAGAAACGACAACUGUCAAAGGAUAUUUACAAACUUUAUACGAAAUGAAUGGCCAUGAAAGUAGUACGGCUUCGAAAGAAAAAGAUACCGAAUCUUUACAUGAAAAACAUGUAAUUACUGUGGCAUCAGAAAGGACUGUUGUUGUAGUUGAAGCAACAGAAGAAGAAAGUACUAAAGAGAUGAAAACCACAUCUGAAAAAGUAAUAGAUAAUAAUAAAGGAUCCCCACAAGACAAAAAUGUAAUUACCGAGGCAUCAGAAAGGACUGUUAUGGUAGUUGAAGCAACAGAAGAAGAAAGUACUGAAGAGCUAAAAAGUACAGCAGAAAAAUUAAAAAGUCAUAGCACACACAUUACAGGAUCUCCACAUAAAACUGAAGCCACAGAAGAAAAAAAUUCUAUAGAGAAGAACAGUUCAACUCAAAACGUGAAUCAUCAUAGCACUCAUUCUAGAGAAACUACAGUAUCUUCAAAGGAAACGACUGAAUCAGAAGAAACAGCUAAAAAAUGUACUUGUCAAAAUACUAAACAUAUUUACGUAACUUUACCUUUACUAGAAACCGAACCAACUUACGAUGAUAAAAGAAAUUUAGUAAUUGUAAUCAAUGGUAACAAUGCAUCAACUUUGGACUCCGAUAUGCUAAGGAAACUUUUACACAAUAAAUCUUUGGACAAUUUGCACAUUGAAUUUGUCAAUUUACAAUCCGCUACACCAAUCUUCUCUCCUUCCACAAUAAAAAACAAUGAAAAAGAACCUUCACAAGAAGAACUUUCUAAUUCUCCUAAAAUUGAAGAUAACAUUUUAGCUAAACUAGCUGACGCUUCUGAUCCUUCUCAAAAAGAUCUGUCUAAUUCUCCUAAAAUCGAAGAUAAUCAUUCAGUUAAAAUAUCCAAUUUUGAUUCUUCUAAAACAGAGGAUUUCAAACACAAACCUUACUGCGAAUUAGAAAAACUAAAACAGGAAAACACCAAAAUCCAAGACAAUCAACUGAUUGAUUGCAGUAAGCCUGAAUUUGAAAAGAACCGCGAAUGUUUUUGCGAUUUAAACACUCUAAAAAUGCGAGUUGAGGAGAUACUAAGAGGUGACAACACUUCGGUAAAGAAUCUCUGCAGUCAUUUUAUCAGCUUUAAAGAUAGCAGCUUGCAAAUUGGUAACGAUACCGAUCCAACUGUACGCAGAAGAAGAAGUCAGCAGUAUAAAAACAAUAAAGAGAGUAACAGUGGUUCCAUACAGUACGAUGAUAUAGAGGAUGUUUUUGGUGACGAGUUUGAGCUUGAUAUACCUGGUGAAACUCAGUACACUUUACCUGGAAGACUUCUGCAUUUGCCUUGUUAUAAUAGCAAUGAAACUUCGCAUAGAAACAGAAAGUCCUAUGUGUGGAAAUUUUCAGAGCACGCCUCAAAAAUAGUUCACGAUUUGGCCAACAAUCAAUUUGUUCUGGAAAUAGAUAACAUAACACCCAAAGACUCAGGGAACUACACUUGCACAAUUAACUACAACGACAAUCUUGGCACCAAGAAAAGUUUUUCUCACGACGUUGAAGUUAUGGAGUUACCUACGUACAAAAUAGAGCUAAAUAUCCUCUAUUCGACCAAUCAGAGUUGUUCUUUGUCCAACGAGGACCUGCUUUAUCAAUAUUUCCCGAACACUGCUGGAAAACUUUUAUGUGGCUCCAACGAUCAGAAGUUUUGCUUGUUGGACAUGAUGCGCCCCACCUGUUUUGCACAGGAUGGCAACGCCUUUUUCAAUGUGAGCAUUACAGCUAAAAUGGAGCCUUUAACGAGUCUUGUGAGAGAAACGCCCAGUUGCGAUCUGAAUUGCCAGAUACAUUUGUACAGUCAAAUUGUCGAGAUCAUUUUCAAGAAUGCCGAUAAUAGCAGAAAUUUAAAAGUUCAUUCAAAAAUCACCACUCCAAACCUACUUUUUACUCCGAUAUUGUUUCCGAGUGAUGAGAAAAAUAACUAUUCCGAAAGUCCUAUGGUAUCUAAAAGACCAAAGCUUGUGGUUGGCUGCCCUGCAGGUUUCGGGAUAGAAAUGGAAAAACGACGAAUUUGUGGUAUAAAAUUAAAAUCCUAA